GCCUCUUAUGUCGCUUAUAUCCUAUCUCAUCAAUUCAUGCAUCUUUGGGGUUGCAGGCUUCUAGCCGAUACGGAGCGCAAAGCAAGGCUCUUCAGGGUUUCCCCCUCUUUCGUCGGAUACAUACCCGACGUAGGCACCAUCUCCCCCGUGCUUAUAGCGGUAUCAAGUCUCCGUCUAUCAACCUUGGAAGCUUGCUUGAGCACCCUGUCCAUCCUGCCGUGCUACUGACUUGGUUAUCUUAUCCGAAGACUACAUACCACACUUGUAAUUAUAUCCUCUCCGGACCAGACCACCACCACUCAUACAAUGGCCGAAAAAACUGCCGUUCUGACGGAAAAGGCGCCGAAGCCUCUGGCUGGUAUUUACAGCCAAGCCAUCAAAGCUAACGGUUUCGUAUUCGUCUCCGGCGCUGUUCCCAUGGACGCCGAGACCAUGAAAAUCGUUGAUGGCGACAUCAAGGUGCACACUCACCAAUGCAUCAAGAACCUUGCCGCGAUCCUCGAGGCAUCGGGAUCCGACCUCAAUAAGGUGGUGAAAGUCAACGUCUUUAUUUCCAAUAUGGAUGACUUCGCUGCUAUGAACGAGGUGUACAGCCAGUACUGGGGUGAAGUGAAACCCUGCAGAACCUGUGUCGCGGUGAAGACAUUACCGCUCAAUGUCGAUGUCGAAAUCGAGUGCACGGCAACUUAUUAACUUUGGACAGGGCUGUCUUCUACGACACGGGCCUAGUUGAUCGAACCCUAAGAACGGGUUCUAAGAAUGCGCUUCUGAACAGGCGAAAUCAUUAGGUACCUGCUUAGAUAGUAAUGCGUCUCAGUUCCACCAUCCAGCUUCGCCUAGCAUCUAAGGCAAUCUAGAUGAAAUAACUUAAGCAAUUCUCAUCACGGCCUCGGUAUCGAGCUAGGUACCUUCUCAGUUCUAACGCGAAUCACAUCUG